AAGAGGUUGCUGGGGUGAUGGUUCAUGGCUAUUGGUGUUGAUUGGGAAGCGGCUGGGAAGAACGCAGUCGGGGCGGCUGCCGCGGUUGAACCUGGCUCGGCUGGACCGAGAUGUGGACAUUUUGAAUGAAGCCAUGCAGGCUGCUGAGGUGUGUGGGGGUUGGUAA